CAUGCAGCACUAGAAAGAGAAAGACGACCAAAUUACUCGCAGGCACCAGCCUUUACAGGCCGGUUUGUUUUGAUCAGGGGGGUCUAGCUUUGCGCUCGGGCUUGCGAACCAGUUUGCGCUCCGAGCAUGCCUGUGCUACUACUGCUGCCGCUGCUUCGCUUGCUCGCUGCUGCUAUCUAACUCACGAAACGCACCGUCUCAGAAUUUUUAUCGAUAGAUUCUUAUAGAACACCACACGUAUACGAUGGAAACAUGCGUGCUUCUGCCGCCGGAACUAAACCUUGUACUUCGGCCCAGUACGGGGGUCGUAGAGAUGGAGGUUGGCGUAUGGACCGCACAGGCUGUACGUAGCGGUACGAAAUUCGCGCCCCAACAAGGAACCGUCCGACUCGAGAAACUCGAAGUGUACUCCUGCCUCGACGCCGAUCACGUAAAACGUGAGUUCGGUUGCUACGAUGAUAUUGAGGAAGUGGACGGCGAAGACGUCCGUCAUUGCAAUUGGAUACGCUUCCUUCAUACAUCAACAGACGUCCAGGCGAUCAACACAGUCGGGAUGAAGUUUGACGGGGAGACGAUAUACGUGGUCGUCAAGGAGCUCCGCCCAAACACAGAACUAGUCGCCUUCCUUGACAUUGCCAAGCCGGUGAGCGGGUCGCUCGACGAUCUGAAGAUGUCACCACCCAUCCCCGUAAAAGAAUCGGACGAAGAAGAUCCAGAAGUCACGGCUAUUUGCCGCGACGACGACGGCAGCAGCGCUAAGGUUGCAGCAACGGAGAGCAUCGCGGUCGGGGAGGUAUCGGAGGCGGUGAAGCCCGUCUCUCAAUGGCCGCAGAGGAAGCUGCGCGAGGCGUCACUUCUGGAGGCGAUGGAGGCGAUGUACGAUAACAUUGACAUGCGCGACCUCCGGUCCUCGUCGUCGUCGUCAUCGGCAGCGUCGUACCGCAAGAGUAGUUCUGAUGCGAAGGUCUGCAGGUUGGCGUACUCCCCGAAGCCGAUCGUCGGAAGCCUCGAGAAUCAUCAGAAGCAUGGCGACAUCAAGCGACCAAUCGCCGUCGCUCUGCCGCAAAUCGAAGACGUGGAUCGUCGGCGCAGUGGCGACCAGCCUCCCCGCAAGUCCCUGUCAUCAGGCCAGCUAAUCACCAGCCAAGCGCAGCUAAGGCCACAGUCCACAACGUCGAGCGAUAAAUCACAGGCUCACCGGCCGCCUGUCACGCUGGCAUCGCCCGCGAUUCGCCCGGUAAUCCCCGAGGGAUCGAACCAGCAGCGCGGGAUACCUCUAUCGCCGCCGAUGAAACCCGUGCCAGUGCGUUCCAAUCUGCGUACACCACCUCACGCCGCCAAGGAGACCAGCAGCAUAUUCCCGCACUAUCCCGUCGCGCACUGGGGUUCGUUUCCUGGAAGGUUCCCGCCGCAAUGCUUCCCGGGAUAUUUCUACGCGUCGCCGAUGACGCGCAUGCGCGUGGAUGGCGCGGGGCAUGCUAAAACAUACGACCAAGCGCCGUUGCUCGAUCUUCCCCUCGCUCGCAGUCUGGAUACACCUCCCUCCGACCACGACGAUUCCGCUAGUCAGAGGUCGCCCCUAGGUAGCGAGCACUCGUCAGACAGCGUCAAUAUAGCAUCUCCUAGGGCUUUUACUGCAAAGUCACGCGUGCAGACGCGUACGCCGGCAGCGCCCCCUAGGAAACGGAAGCGCAACAUGCUACCCUGUGACGUAUGCGGUAAAGAGUUUGAUCGACCGUCCCUUCUACGCAGGCACAUGCGGACUCAUACAGGCGAGAAGCCGCACGAAUGUGACGUGUGCGGAAAGAGCUUCAGCACAUCCUCCUCCCUGAACACGCACAGGAGAAUCCACAGCGGGGAGAAGCCCCAUCAGUGCCAAGUGUGUGGCAAGCGUUUCACAGCCUCCUCCAAUCUAUACUACCAUCGUAUGACGCAUGAGAAGGAAAAACCGCAUAAGUGCACCUUGUGCUCCAAGUCAUUUCCCACGCCCGGCGACCUCAAGUCUCAUAUGUACAUACAUAACGGAUCGUGGCCGUUCAAAUGUCACAUAUGUCACCGAGGCUUCAGCAAGCAGACGAACCUGAAAAAUCACAUUUUCCUUCACACGGGUGAUAAGCCUCACAUGUGUCACCUGUGCAAUAAACGCUUUGCGCUGGCUUGCAAUCUUCGCUCACAUAUGAAAACUCACGAAGGCGAAGGACAGAAUGAGUGUUACAAGUGCGGCAAGGUAUCCCUGUCUUCUUCUGGGAAUUUUCUCAACGGAUACUGUAUUCAGUGCCACCAGAAUCUCCCAUCGGACCGCAUUCACUCUGUCAUCCAGUCAACGAAAACCGCAGUAGACAUGUCUGCGUAAAGAAAGUUUUUGAAGGCGACUCAUGGCAAAGCAUAUUAUAGGCCUAUACAUGAGUGGAAUUAUCAGUGAAUUUCCACAAAAGGGUAUGUGGAGCGGAAGGCAGCGGCGCCCAUGACGAAUAUAUGUAGCCAUGAAUAUAAUUCUCAUGUGACGUUUCAUGAAAUUAGAAUUCGUAUAUACGACCAAGUUGUUUAUGAAUAUCAUUUAUACUGUCGUAUCGAUGUAAUCGUGAUAUUGACUUGCCCGUGACAGCGUUUGGUCCUUUUUAGUCAGUGAUAUUUGGAUAAAAAUGUUAGAACGUGAAGAAAUCUAUGCAACAGUACGUCAUGCUCAAAUUGUACAGAUGUAUUGCUCAAUUUUAAACUGAUAGCCUUAAAGGCAAGGACGAAGAAACGACUAGAGUUCGUAAUGGAUUAUUUGUAUAAAUUAUGUUAUUCUCGAAUAUAUUGUUUAGAUUAGUGGAUAAUGGCCUAUGUUAUCAAAUACCUCAUGGUGUAAAACAAGUACACAGGUUGCCACUAUAUAUAUUUGUAGAUGUAUUUGCAGGCGUAAACGAGCAGACAUAUACGCGUUCUGGUGAGAUUAUGUACUGAAGGGGUUUCUUAGUCUUGAACUACACGGGAAACCAGUUAUGUUGCUCGGAUCAAGCCUGUAUACGUUUUUGGGGAAAAUGUACCCAAUAUGUAAGAUAUUUAGGGGGCACGCUGGCUAAAUCACAUAUAAAUAGGCUCCCAAAAAGAACCAUGGAAAGCUGCAGACCCUUACAACGGGGUUUAUUAGAGGUUUUGGGUCAGUAGCCAUGACGGGCAGGCGAUUAAAAAGCCAUGCAUUUUACCUAUUCGUUUAACCCUUUUCUUUUCGUUGCAAAGUAGCUCAAAGGCAAAACUCCAUGUCGCACAAAACACAGCCGUUCUUAGAGCCAUUCAACGGAUUUCAGCGCAACUUUGCCCAACUAUCAAGCGCCAUUUCCACAAGAAUUCUCAUAUUUCACCGCCUGGCUGCGUUCCCAGUGUGUGCUUUCAAAUUUGAAAAUGCAGAGUAAAGCUACCGCACAAUGCGUGGCUGAAAAUGGAAAGGCGCAUGCCUGAACAGCUUGGGGCAGUUUUUUUAUAAAGUACCUCACAAGCAUGUAAAUUUCACGUCUAGUCAGCUAGAAACGCUCUCGAGCAGGUGUUCGGAGCGCAAUUCUAUACUUUCUGGGUAAUUUCUUGUCGUCGGGUCUAAUAUAACCACUUCAAUUUAAGCAGCUCAACAGCGAGCGAGAGAGAGAGAGGGGGGGGGGAAAUUACCCAUACAAAAUGUCACACUAGUUUUUUUUCGAGAGAAGGUAAAAUGAAUCUCCUCUUUAAAGUUUUGAAUUAAUAUAUUAUAAUAUGUUGUUGUAAACUGUUGUGGGGGAUCGUGAGUCGAUGCAGGUGUGGGUUUUUAAGUACUAAUAUUGGUGUUCGGGUAACGUGUACGGGUCACGGAGGUUGGGGGCUUCCAUAUAUAUACGCUAUUUUACUAGUUUAUCUACCUCUAAUUCUACCUCAAAUUAGUCUCCACACUUGUAAAUGGUUGAGUGUUAUUGCUUAGCUAUGAAGACCAUUAUAUAUGAGAUAUGCGUGCAGUGUCGGUCAAUGUGCUAAGUGAAUAUAAGUGGACACAGCGCCAAGACACGCGAAUACAGUUUAGAAAUAAGCAAUAACAAUUCUUCUCUCAGGGUAGAUGUUGUGGAUUAGACAAUUAUCUAUGGGAUAUGGUAUAUUAAAAUGUGGAUUUAAUCUAUUGGGGUCUUAUUUUUAAGAGAUGUACACCAUGCACUGUAUGUAUUCAAUGGAAUUGUCGCUGUUAUUAUCAUAAAGCGUUAUAUAUGUUGUAGUAUGUGUCCUGAGUAUAUGCACGCACCAUCUCUCACUUUCACCCCCGUGCGUCUAUUGAUUAGGCGUGCUUGUAUGUAUUUGUAAUCGACUGUGUGGCAUUAUGGAACUAUUAUAUUAUAUUAUACCUCAACACUUUCCCGUAUCGGUUGCGUUCAUUUCCCUUAUUAUUAUUAGAUACAAAAUGUACUGUUACUAAAACAAAUCGUACGCGAAGUUAUAUCAACUUCAUGGAACAUGUUACAACGUAUAACGUGUCACAUGAUUUCCAUAAGGGCCUCAAUAAUUUCAUCACGUUAACUUGUCUGCAAGCAUUAAGAAUAGGCGAGCAUAGCAAAAAUCAGGUAUUACCCUUGCCUUAUGAAAACUUGUUGGGACCUGCUACGCUAAUCGUAUCACCGCAAAUAUCGUCUACGUGUAAGCAUGAUGUUUGUCAAGAUCCAUUGCCAUCUUCUUUGCCAACAUUUAUGCGCAGAAUCUUCGUAGAGCUAUGCAGAUGAUCAAUAGAAGUUGAAACGAAGAUAAAGUCGAGUUUGUUAUAUCGACAUACUUUAUUUUUGUGACCAAACAUGAUGUUAUUGACGAAAUAAACACGUAAAACUGUGUAAGCAUUCAUUUGUUGAUACUUA